AUAAAAUGAGUGCUGCUUAUAAGAUAAUGAGAAAGUAAAUUGGGGUAGAGAAACUUAUUUUUUGGGGAGCUUAUAAAGCCUUAGAGCUUAUUUUUACAACCUAUAAGCUCUUUAAGAACUUAUUUUGCUUAACACUUUGAAGGAGCUUAUAAGCUCGGCCAAACACCCUCUUAGUUCUUGUUUCUUCAAUGUAAUGGAACAUUUGCUCAUAGAUGAACAACGAUGUCGUCAGCUUCAGUGGUCAGCACGCUUCAAAAUCAUAAUUGGGAUUGCUAAAGGAGUUAUUUAUCUUCAUCAAGAGUUGAGUCCGAAAACGAUUCAUAGGAAUCUGAACCCCACCAAUAUAUUUCUGGACAAUGAGAUGAAUCCUAAAAUUUCAGGCUUUGCCGCAGCCAGAUAUUUUCAAGAUGACGACCAAUCAAAAAUGUCCGUCACCAUUAAUGCUGGAACCAUAGGUUAUCUUCCACCAGAAUAUUUUCUUGAGGGGAGAAUUUCAGAGAAGACAGAUGUCUACAAUUUUGGGGUGUUAGUCCUGGAGAUAUUGAGUGGCAAGAGAAAUAGCAGAGACACGGAGAACCUCAUUGGCGAUACAUGGAAGCUGUUGACAGGAAAUAAGGAUGUAUUCAAGACGGUAGAUGGUUACCUCGGAGAAGAGUUUUCAGAGGAAGAAGCGUCGAGAUGUAUACAAGUAGGUCUGCUGUGCACCCAAUAUGGGCCACAACAGCGUCCAAAGAUGGCUUCUGCGCUAAAAAUGUUGCUAGGAGAAGACGUUUCGCUACAAGAGAAGAUGGCACAAGCGCACUGCCCUUCCUAUUUGGAUCCUGACUUCGCAGACUUGCCCAAUUUUGACUUCUUUAAUCCAAGAAAUUGUUCUAACGAGAGACAGAGUUAUUUCCACUCAGUAGCACCACAUAAUAUGGAAGUCGACUAUGCAACCAAUUGUGUGCAACAGAUUGGACAGAUUCAGACUCCUUUAAUCCCCCCCGUUGAAAGAGAAUUAAUCAGAGUUGUUUCCUUUAAUCCAUUCGCAUAUCCGUAUUUAUUUGAAUAUGAUAAAUAGUGAAUCUAUAUUUACUUGAGAUCUCAUACACAUUUCCUUAGAUUCUUGGUAAAUACAUUUGUGAUCCAAAGCCUAGUUCAUCGAGCAAAUUAACUAUCAUACUCGAUUGUUCUUAUUGUAACUGUUUGCUCAUUAUUAGUUAUUUUUUUUUAA